AUGGCUGAAGGACUUGCCCGAUACCAGUCCACGCCCCCGAGUGACGUGACUGUCUUGCACGACAGACAAUCCCUCAACGAUUUUGUCAAGGCCAACCCGGAAACAAUCCUCUACCCCGAGAAUGGAGGAUACUAUCUCAAAGAUAUGGACGAAGAAGUCCUUGCCAUCACAGCUGACGACUUAAGCAAAGAAUUAGACGCUGCUGUUGCCAGCGUUGAUUCCGACCUCCUUGGAAACGACUCUGCUUCCGACAGUUCAGCUGGAUCUGGCGCUGCCGCAAAUGUCACGAAGAGGAACGAGGAUAUGCCUUGUUACCCCAACUGUCAGCACAACUACUGCAGUCACCCCCGGUGCUUCAAUUCGGCAACCUGUCUGCACUACUCAUUUUGCCACGUGUGUUUAACAAGCUCGAGAAAAGUUUGUAUCUAG